AGUGCGAUUCUUAAUUUUUCUGCUAACAAUGUAGCGAGAAAUAUGGUAAAUUAUGUUUGGAAAAUGAGGAUGUUAUCCUCAUUUGAGUGUUGGGUGGAGAAUCAGAUGUUCAUGGUCUCAAAGUUUUCUUCUUGGCCUGUUAACCUUAUUGUAUAAGACAUGUGUGAGAAGGAGCACACACAGUGGCGCCAUUCGCGGAGAGAAGCGUUCACAAACCGAUCUUCAUCUGCUCCUCAGUCUCGCCAAGGAGCUACUCCUCAGAGAUGGCGUGAUGUACCAUGUCCUACCGUCGGGUCUUUUAUGGUUUCUAAUCGUUUCGAAGAAGUACUGAUGGGAGUUGUUCCUUCUGAUUUACCUCUGAAUCAGUUUUGUUCUUUAACUGAUGAAGAUCUUAGGACAAAAUUCAAUGUGGAUGAUCCUGAAAAGGUGAAGAAAGUGAUGACAGUUGUCCAGCUUGCUAAGGAAUUCGAAAACACAUGCCAUGUGGAAAGGACUGCAUCUUCUCCUGCAAUCUCUCCCAAGCCCUGCGAGUUUGACGACUUGCUAUCUCUUUUCCCCCGAAAACCUCGACCUAUUGCCCGUCAAAUUUCAGAGGAUGUCCGUUAUCGAAGAGAGAGCUUCACUUCCAGUCCCCAUUCACAACAAUCUCCUAGCCAGGCUGAACCAUCCAACUUAUUAAGAAUGAGAGCUUCAAUAAUGGGACAGUCUGCUCCGUCUUUGUCUGCUAGCAUGAAAGACCUUGGUGCUUCUCGAAGAGGAAGGUCAGCACGCAAGAGCUUUAUAUGUAAUACCUCUCCUACACUGCCACGUUGUCAUUCUCCUGUUUUACAAGCUGCACAUGUUGAUACACUAAGAACGGUUCCAUCUGUCCAACACUCCAUUUCUGCCUCAGUGAAACGUGUGGAUGGUCGCCGAUGGUCUUUGGCAUCCUUACCAUCAUCAGGCUAUGGAACAAAUACCCCUGGAAGCUCAAAUGUUUCUUCACAAUGUUCCUCUCAAGAGAAGUUGCACAUGUUAGCUUAUGGUCCUGUAGAUGAAGCACACUCUCAUACACAUUUUAGCAGUAAUGAAAGUAAUCCUGGUCUUGAGGAAGAUGGCCGACAUUCACCUAUUGUACGUCCAAGAUCUCGUAGUCUGAGCCUCGCCUGGUUGUGUCUUGCACCUUUAGACCCUUUGCGCUCUCCUGGUGUGGAUAGUGAAGUUGUUGCCAUGAAUAAUGUUUAUAAGGAAAGAUUUCCCAAAGCAACUCAUCAAAUGGAAGAAAAGCUGCAGCAGUUUUUGAAUGAGCAUUUAAGCUAUGACCAUAGUGAUUCAUUGGAUGCAGUAGCUCGCUUUGUUCAUCACCAAGUUAUUCAAAUGGCUCAGGAUUGCUUGUCUCAGUCACAAAACCAAUUAAUAACAUCACAUUACUUUUUCGAGAUGUCUGAAAAUCUGGAAAGGCUUCUAAUUGAGUGUCAAGAAAAGUCUCCUGAAGCUGCUCAAUAUUUAAAAGGAUUGAUAAAGAAACUACUAGUCAUAAUCUCCCGUCCUGCACGACUUCUUGAAUGUUUAGAGUUUGAUCCUGAAGAAUUUUACCGGCUUCUGGAAGCUGCUGAAGGGCAAGCUAAGGUUCAACAAGGCGUUACAUCAGAUAUCCCAAAGUACAUUAUAAGCAAACUAGGUUUAAACAGAGAUCCAUUAGCAGAAUUGAGCCGUGAUUUAUCGAGUGACUUCGAGCAAGUGGACCAAAUUGAUUAUUCUCAGAAGACUGGAAGAGAUCUCUUUCCAAAAUCCAAGCCUCCAAGUGAAAGUGAUUUUGAAACCGUCAAAUUAAUUAGCAAUGGAGCUUAUGGUGCUGUGUAUUUAGUUCGACAUAUAAAAUCCAGAUUACGAUUUGCAAUGAAAAAAAUCACCAAGCACAACCUUGUUCUUCGAAAUCAAGUUGAGCAAGUGUAUGCUGAAAGAGACAUUAUGAGUUUUACAGACAAUCCAUUUGUGGUUAGCAUGCUUUGCAGUUUUGAAACAAAGAAACAUCUGUGUAUGGUGAUGGAAUAUGUGGAAGGUGGGGACUGUGCCACUUUGUUGAAAAAUAUGGGACCAUUACCUGUAGAUUUAGCUCGGUUUUAUUUUGCCGAAACUGUGCUAGCAGUUGAAUAUUUGCAUAGCUAUGGUAUUGUUCAUCGAGAUUUAAAGCCUGAUAACUUGUUGAUUACCUCAAUGGGCCAUAUCAAACUCACUGAUUUUGGUUUGUCUAAAGUUGGAUUGAUGAACUUGGCUACAAAUUUGUAUGAGGGUUAUGUUGACAGAGAAACUAAACAAUUUACUGAUAAGCAAGUAUAUGGUACUCCUGAGUACAUAGCACCUGAAGUAAUAUUAAGGCAAGGCUAUGGUAAACCCGUUGAUUGGUGGUCAAUGGGAAUCAUUCUGUAUGAGUUUUUGGUUGGUUGUGUUCCUUUUUUUGGUGAAACUCCUGAAGAACUUUUCGCUCAUGUUAUAAAUGAUGAGAUCGAAUGGCCAGCUGAAAAUGAGUGGCCUGCAACUGAAGAUGCCAAAGAACUUAUUUCUCUCCUCCUCCAACAAAGUCCAAUGGAUCGCUUAGGGACUGGUGGAGCACAAGAAGUAAAAGAGCAUCAGUUUUUUGAUGAAAUAAAUUGGAAUGCACUGUUACGCCAGAAAGCAGAAUUUGUUCCACAGCUUGAUUCAGAAGAUGAUACUAGCUACUUUGAUACUCGUACGGAUAGAUAUAGUCAUGAAGUUGAUGAUUCAGAAGAUAUGGAUGAUGCAGAUGAUAGUUCAUUGUUUAGUAGUUUUUCAUCAUGCUCCCCUAGAUUCCGAAAAGUCUAUUCUCGUGUUGAAAAAGAAUUGGAAGAAGAGCAUAUGUUACAGCAUUCUAAAGAGGAAUAUCGGAAAUCUUUCAGCAGAUCGGAUUCUAAUAAUUCUGAUCAUUCAGAAAGUCCUAAUUCCUUAAUGGGUAGCUUAGCCGAGACUCCAGAAGAUAUGGGUUCAAAAGAUGUAUUUUUACCUUUUGAUGUAAAUGGAAAGUCUUUGUCAACCAGCAUGCUGAAUUUAGACAGUGAGAAGCCAUUUUCAAAGUUUUCUCAUCUCAUUCCUAAGGAAAGUUUGCCAAGGUUUUCAAUCAGUUCAGAGUGUGAUGUAAUGCCUGAGGAUCACAAGGAAUUAUCUCCUGUAGAAGAAACAGAUGCUAAAGUCUCGCCGCAAGCCAACCAGCCUCCUACUUCUAGUCGCAUGAGCGUUUCACCUGCUUCUCCAAUGACUAAGCAGAGUACACGAUCUGUAAUUAAAUCUGCUUCUGUGUCUGGCUUAUCUCUGAUCAUCCCAGCAGAUGAAUUCGGCCCUCCUCCAAUUGGUUCUCCCGGUGGUUCCAGCACGAGUUCCCGUGAUGCAUCCCCUAGCAGGGAAUUAAGUCCACUUGUUGCUCAGUUGAAACCUCCAAUAAUUAUAAGAAAAGGGGCAAGAGGUUAUGGUUUUACUAUUAGAGCCAUCCGAGUUUAUUAUGGUGAUUCUGAUGUUUAUACAGUUCAUCAUUUAAUAAUGGCAGUUGAAAGCAACAGCCCUGCUUUUGAAUCUGGAUUGAGACCUGGAGAUUUAAUUACACAUAUCAAUGGAGAACCCAUUCAAGGGCUUUUGCAUCAUCAAGUUUUACAUCUCAUUUUAUCAGGAGGGGAUCGUAUAAAUAUCCGAACUAUCCCACUUGAUAAUACAACCAUCAAAUCGGGUGGGCGUAAAAGAAAUCCAACGGCCAUAAAAAUGGCCCGAAGACCUUACUCUUGUCGACGCAAAUCUGCUCAAGUGAAAAGAGACACCAACUCUGAUAAGAAGCGCAGAGCAUCUUUGCUCAGACGCUUGAGCAGUAAGCGAGCAAGUGCCGAGUUGCAUCACUCUGUUUCAAGUUCUUCUCCUGUUUUAACUCCUAGUCGCAGCUUCCAGUCUCUCACACGAACUUUAAAUGACAGCUUACCUGCUUCGCCUACUCGUACAAAAAGCCCCAGAUCGCCGCCCACUACUAGACUUUGUUCACAGUCGGAUUCUCCUCAUUCCACUGGAAAUUCAUCUCAGAGCAGUUCUCCUAGUUCAAGUGUGCCCAACUCUCCAGCAAGCUCAACUCAUCUUCCUCACUUUCCUCGCCCAAGCUCUCUUCAUGGUCUUAAACAUAAGCUGACACAAUCAUUCCAUUCUCCUAGGAGAAAAUCUGUUGGUCACAUCCCUCUUUCACCAUUGGCUCGUACUCCCUCACCUUCACCAAUAACUUCUACUUCUCCGACUAGGUCACCAUCUCCUCUUGCAUUCCCCAUUGGUCAUCAUCCAUCAAAUCCUCAACUUGCACAGACGCUUAAAUCAACCUCAGUAUUACCACUUUCUGCUACCAUCUGUUCAUCUGCCAAAAAAUCUUUUAUGAGGCCAAAAAGUGCUGAGCCAAGUUCUCCACUUUUGAGGAGGGCUUUAUCUCCCGAUCGUCUUCAUCCCAAAUCUGCUGAAGUCAAAGUAAAACGUGAAUCUUUUUCAGGACAAGCCUCUCCCCUUGCUUUGGCUUCAUCUCCGUCACCCCGUUCUCAGUACUUGUCUCAUAGUGCAUCGUCUAAAUUGUGUCUGAUGUCUCAAAGAUCUACGCCCUAUGGCUCUUCUGAAGGUGUUGGGAAAAGCCUUAAUGAUUUGUCAGAUGCAUCAGCUGAAAAUUAUGCAUUUCAAGAGUAUGAUAAUAGCUGUACAACUCCAAAAUCUAGACUGGAAGGCAGGAUAAGCCGAUCAACUGUUUCACAGUUGCGUAAGAGAGGUGACAAGUCUGUUAAAUCUUUGCUGACGCAGCAGUUAUUUGCUGCUGAAGAGCAAGAAUCUCAUAAAGAAGGGACUUCAACUGUGAGUGAUAACACAAGCAGCACUCUAAAAACUUUAUCAUCUACUCCUGAUAUUGAAAUUACAAGUUGCUCCAUGACAGCUGAUUUAGAGCAUGUUCAUUCUCAGAAAGUCUCUGAAUGCGAUGUUUCGUGUUUGAAAAGAGUAAGGAGCGAGUCUGCUCCAGUUCCAGUUUCGGAAUUUUUCUCAAUUGUAAAUAACACCGGUGAAUCUGCAACAAUUCCAGAAAAAGAAUCUUCAAAGAAAGAUGAUGUUUCAGAAGCUGAGAGUUCUUUUAAAAAGUGCUCAGGCAGUGUAAUAGAUGCUGGAAAUGUUAAAACUUUGUCAAGUGAGAAGGAACGUCCUACUGUGGGAUCUAAUCAGUCUGACUUUAAAACUGUAAAUAAAUCUGAAAAAUCUCCAAAAGAAGCAAUUCUAAUUUCAGUUGAUAAGGAAAAAAGUGAAAAACAUUUCAGUGCUAUCAAAACUCAAAUUACAGAAACUAUCGUAGAGAAUCUAAGCGAAAAAAUAACAGUAGAGAAACCUAAGCAAUCUGCUGAAAAACCUGUAAACAGUGAUAAAUCUCAUUUGUCUGGUGUUAACCUGCCUAAAGAAGAUGUUAGUAACGCAAAAAAUAAGUGUAGUGUCUCGUCAAACAUUCAGAAAAUGGGUGAAGAAACAAAUAUAACUAAGUCCAAAAUCAAUAUAUCGUCUUCAAACAUAAUUCAAACUACUAUUAAAGAAGAAUCAAUCAAGUCUAAAGAAAAAAUGCCAUUUUCACCUGCAGGUGUCCCAAAGUGUUCCAACGAACAAGCAAAUAAAGCCAAAGAAAAGGCUGCAUCAGUUGCAAGUAUUCACACAAAUCCUCAAGAAGAAGUAACUAAGCCUAAAGAAAAGAAUCCUGCACUGUUGGGUACUAUUCAGUUGAAAAACGAGGAAGAAAUUGUCAAAAAAGAGAACUCUACCAUCAGUGAUAAACCUACUGUUUUAACUUCAAGUGUUCAACUGACAGCUGAAGAGUCGAGCAAAAUGAAAGACAGAAAAAGUGUUUCCUCAUCAGUAAGUAGUCCAUCAUGCUCCAGUGAUGAAAUAAAAAGAACUCUAACAAAAAAGGGUUGUUCGGAUAAAUCUUCAGGUGCUUCAGAUAGCUCCAAGAAAACUGAAGAAAAAGGCAAGACUUUUGUGUCAUCUGUUGAAAUAAAGCUGUCCAAGACAAAAUCAGAUUCAAAAUCUGAGGCUAAAUUUGUUGAUUCUAAAAAAGAGCAUAAAACAGAUCAUUCGAAAAAAGCAACUGAUAAUAAGAAAUCUUAA